AUGGUCACCUCGGUCACCUUUUUCCACACACACUACCACGUUCAUGCUCUUCCCCUCCACACCAUGAGCAACGACGACCCGCUUGAACGUGUCGAUAAGGGCAAAGCUAGAGCUCAAGAUCCCACAGAACGAACUCCUCUUAUUGGUGGGACGUCGCAGCCACCUCUGGUGCUCGACUCGGACGAUGGGGAACAUCAUACAACAAUAAACCGCCGACUACGCGCAAGACUGACCACCGUCUUUCUCGUCACAUUCUCUUUUUGUAUAAUUGCUUUGAUUUUUUUUGCUCUGCUUGCUUGGACUUAUGCUGCUCGCGCGUCGAGACUGACUCCGGAGGACAUCAUCAAGAAUGAUCUGGUGUACCAAGGACCAAGCCGCGUGGAUGUUUUAAACAUCAGCUUGGAUGGGGGUGUGUGGGUUAGGGUGGAGGGUAAGUUGGGGGUAGAUGCUGGGGCUGCUAUUGGGGUCAACUCGGACGCGGAGGAUGGGAUAUUGACGGACAUUUGGAAGAUGUUUGGGAGACAUGGGGUUCGGGCUUUGGGUAAAGUGUCGGUGAAUAUGAGUACAGUGACGAUAACGCCGCAGUACGAUACCUCUAUCGUGCUGUUGACUGUUCAAAUACCGCCUUUGGAGGUGCCACUUACUGUCGACCCGCCCCGAGACUUUUCGUGGUUGACGACCGUUUCUACUCCCGUCUACCUGCAGCCUACUACCAACACCACUUUGCUUCUGGGGUUCCUGAAAGAUUCAUGGCAGCAUGGGUCAUUUAACGUUCGCGCGGACGUUGGAGACGCAACUGUUCGUGGAGGUGGCUUGCGUGAGGAGACGUGGAGAAGCAAAUUCCACUCAAAACUUUCGAAUAUCCGGACCUUCAUUCGCAUGAAAAUGCCUAGAAUCCCUGGCUUUCCACAACCAGGCAAAAGCACUCCCUUUCCCUCAGUCGAAGACCUCGUAACCCUCCAGCAUCUCAGUGUAUCCUCCUCGAACGACAGUCUGUCCCUCCAUGCCAAAGCAACAAUGGUAGAUCCCGCUCCAGAGUGGUUCAAUCUCACCUCACCCUCAUUGCCAUUUACCGUCUGCCUAGCCACCAAAGAACUGCCCCUCCCCAUCGCCGCAGUGAACACACAGCCAAUCACCCUAACCCACCCCAACAUCACCCUCCUUAUCGACGGCACAGUGCUCCCUCUAUCACCGCCCUCCUUCCGCAUUCUCUCCCAGUUCCUAACACGCUACCUCUCAGGCAAAUCAAACGACAUCAUCAUCUCUUCAAACGCCUUUCCCGGGUUGAAUGUCCAGACCACUUUCCCAGGACCCAACCCCAAGCCGCACAUCCUCCGCGAUGUCACCAUCCGCGACAUGAAGAUCAAACCCUCCGGCACGUCCUUCCUCGCAAGCGGGACUGUACAAGCAAGAGUCGUACUGCCCAAGGGCAUCAACGUGGGCCUGGACGUCUAUCGCGUCUUACCGGACGUACUGAUCUUUGACGGGGAGGUCCCAGAAGGGGCUCUCGCGCUACCACCACCAGUUACGCCCCUACCGGACCCCCUCCCAGAACGUGCGUUUGGGCAUCUGAGACCGGAGGACUGGUUACCCUCUAUUAGCGUUCCUGAUGUAUCAGAGGACGGAGAAGGCGCGGCGUAUGCUGUGUCUGCCAAGGUUGUUGACUUGCCUUUGGAGGUUCUUCCAGGGCGACAGAAAGAGUUUAAUCACUUCGUUAGCAAGGUCAUAUUCGGCACAGAUGGGGCUGUCGCUGGUAUCCAAGGAUCGGCAGGUGUGACUGUUGCUGUUCACGGACUGCCUUUGGGUGGUGGGCCUGAGACCGCGACAGGGCAGAUAGAUUUGUUUGGGCUACCUUUUCAGGGUAGUGUGUUUGAAACUUUUUCACCGCUGCGCGAUUUCUGCCUCACCACUUCAUUGAAUUCUUUAAAUUUUUAA